AUGAUUUUACCAGCUUCCUUAUCAAUUCCGCCUGCACGGUGGGGUUUUCCGCUUGUCCUGAUCAGCCUUCUCACCGGACCUGCACUUGGGCUCUUGACGGAGGCACAACGAACGGAUAUCUCUGACUUUGUCAGUGCGUUGGUGGAGUGCCGAAAUGUUUCUGGCCUUGCCCUGGGAAUUGUCUUCGGGGAUGGAAAUAAUGAAGACGAUGUGUUCACGGCAGGGUUUGGCUACUCAGACCGUGAGAGAAAUCUCAACGUGACCAACUCCACACAGUUCGCCCUUGGGUCUCUAAGUACCACUUUUACCACCACUCUCGUGUCUAAACUUCUACAUGGCAACAAAAACAAGUAUCCUGAUGGCUGGGACACGACCGUCAAGGAAGUUCUUGGCAGAGACUUCAAACUUUCCGAUCCCCUCCGUACGGAGUACACCACUCUGCGGGACCUGGCUGCCCACAAAACUGGGUAUCCUCAUUACCAGAGCUUAAUGGGGGGUCUGAGUCACAGUGUCAAGAGAUCCGAAUAUUGUAGUCGUUACUUCUUGCUGAAGCCAAAAUACGAAUUUCGAGGGGAUUUUCAUUUCUCUAAAGAAAUGUUCACGUUGCUAGGCUGCGUUGCGGAAGUCCUUGGAGGUGGAACAUCUUUGGAGGAGCUGGUCACCUCGUAUUUGUUUAAUCCUCUACAGAUGACGUCAUCGUCCUUUGUCAACGCCACAGACAAUCUUGCUGUUCCUCAUGUUUACAAUAAUGGCUCCUUUCUGCCUCUGGAUUCAAGCCUACUCAGAGCUAUAUAUCCCAAUGAGGCUGCCGAAGGAGUGGUGUCAACAGCAGAGGACAUGGUCAAAUGGCUGCACUACCACCUCCUGCAUGUAGCGAACAUGUCCCAGAUACAGGAAGGCCAGGUUCUCGAGCAAACAUACCUUCCUCAGGUUCAAUACAAACUAAGCAAGAUGACAGAGUUCGAACCUCAGUCACGGGUCAAACAGGUCGUCUUCGCCCAUAACCUCGGUUGGGAGUCGGGGCAGUACAGAAGUUAUCGGUUCAUUCAACAAAGUGGAAAACUUUCUGGAUUUACAUCGAAGGUGGUAGUUUUCAGAGAUAUCAGCCUCGGUAUUUUCAUCAGCAUGAACAGCGGAUCUUCCAAAAUAGACACCAUGACGACGGACAUUAUCACAUGGCACAUUUCUGAUCUUCUCCUUAUACAACGGCCACCUUUGUUUUUCUCUCCGGAAAAUGCUUGCAUGCACGAAUAUCCAUUUGCUCACGAAGGAAUUCUUGUUCCUGGUCCCAUGUUUUCCCAACCACGCCGACCGACCGCUUCUAUUCCGACAAGGACUACAACAACUACCCCUGCCCCAAAGCAGCCACAAUGGGAAACAGCAUAUCUUGGUACCUACGGCCAUCAGACAUUUGGGAAUAUUACCAUUUCUUACGACUCGAUGGAAGAUGCUUUGACCUACAAAACGGGCGUAGUAGGCAGUGGCAUGUUGCAAAAUGCCGGUAAAGAAGACAUGUUUCUGCUAAAAUUCCGAGGUCCUCUUAGCUACAUGCACAAGAUGUUUCCUGACAAAAAUAUAACCUUCUACUUUGAAAAAAUUCAAGAUGGUCAAUUCACGGCACUUCAAGUUCAGGAAGACCAACUGGAAUAUCAACGCAGUGUCAGAUGGGAUCUGCCUAACUCAGUUCAAAGUUUAACACAAAGGGUGGGAAUAAUGUUCACAUUACUGGUCCUACAAGUGUCUCUCUUUUGA